AUGGCUAAAUCUCUGUGUGAGCUUCAAUUACAACUAACCAGGUCAAAAGGACAAAAUAUCCAUGAAAGCAAUAUGCAAAAUGAUGAAGUAGGGAAUUUUCCUAACUCGAAGGAACUAGUGGAAAUUGGUGAAACUAAUCUGAAAGAACACUGUAGGCUAGGAAUGAGAGCAAAAUACAUUAUCCAAUUGGCUAAAAAUGUAGAGAGUGGGACCCUCUCACUGGAGAAACUCGAAAAGAAUUGCAAUUUGUACUCAUAUCAAGAUGUGCAUCGUAGAUUGAGUAAGUUAAAAGGGUUUGGUCCAUUUUCCAUUGCAACAGUUCUAAUGUGCAUGGGAUGCUAUCAGAAGGUUCCUGCUGAUUCAGAAACAAAAAGGCAUAUAAAACAGGUAUAUGGGAUCUCAAGUUGCAAAAGUCUAACAAUUGUUGAAGAUGCUGAACAAAUUUACAUGAAAUAUGCACCAUUCCAGUCUAUUGUAUUUUGGUUUGAGCUUCUACAAAGUUAUGAAAAAAAAUAUGGCAAGCUAAGUGAGUUAGAUGAAUCUAACUAUCACACCAUCACGGGCAGUCGGAUCCUAUAA